AAGCCGCUUUAGGCAAAUCGCUGUUUUUAAUAAUUAAAUGUUUUGAAGAAAAUCUCGCCUCAAGAUUAAAUAAUCGCUAGAAAAUGAGUUCUAUUCAGUGCCAGUUGUGGAUGGGAAGCCUGGAGUCCUACAUGACGGAAAACUUCAUUCUGGCAGCGUUCCGGAAGAUGGGAGAAGAUCCCCAAACGGUCAAGUUAAUGAGAAACAAGUACACCGGAGAUCCGGCAGGGUACUGUUUUGUCAGUUUCAAAACAGACGAAGCUGCGAUUGAUGCCAUGCACAAGCUUAACGGUAAACCGAUCCCAGGUACCAAUCCACUGGUUCGCUUCCGCCUUAACAGUGCGACAAACAAUCAGAACAAGGCGCUGCUCGCUGACCGUGAGUUUAGCGUAUGGGUGGGAGAUCUCAGCUCCGAUGUGGAUGAUUACAGUCUGUACCGAAUAUUUUCCACCAAAUACACUUCAAUCAAAACGGCUAAGGUCAUUCUGGAUAGCUCUGGCUUCUCAAAAGGUUACGGAUUUGUCAAGUUUGGAUUAGAAGAUGAACAGAAGAGUGCCUUGUACGAGAUGAACGGUUUCAUUGGUUUGGGAAGUAAACCUCUGAAAAUUUGCAAUGCUGUUCCGAAGCCGAAAAACGAAGUCGGUCCGGCUGGGCCGACUACCCCUACUACUCCGAGUGCUGCCAGUCUACUGGGGUACGGCACUGCCACCGACUACUCCCAGUAUUAUGACCCAUCGACCUAUUGGCAAAACUACAGCGCAUGGCAAGGAUAUUACGAUGCCUCGGGUACGACGGCUGAUUACUCGGCAUACCAGAUGCCUGCGGCUACGGCUACCACGGUAACAGCGGAUGCAUCUGCAUAUGCUCAUCAAACGUAUGACCAGCAACAGCAUCAUCACCAUCACAGUCAGGUGGAGGAUGAGGAGUUGACUUUGGUGGAGCACAAGUUUACUGUAGAUGUGGAGAAAAUGAAUCGAGAAGUCAUGGAGAGAGAUCGAAAUAUCUACGAUGCAUUGGAAAGCUCGAAAUGGAUGCCUAUGGAGCAGCUUGAAAUAUUCUGAAACCUACCUAACUGUAUCUUUCUUCAUUUG